AUGGCACAAGUCCAAGGCACCUGCGACGAGCGCUUUGCGGCGCUCCGCACCAUUUUCCAGCAGCGCCUGGACUCUGGCGACGACCUCGGCGCCUCCAUCACCGUCGACCUCGACGGUCAAAACGUCGUGGACCUCUGGGGCGGCUACACGAGCAGCGAGCGCACGCAGCCCUGGGAAAAAGACACGAUUGUCAACGUGUGGUCCUCGAGCAAGACCAUCAUCGCCCUUGCGGUGCUCAUGCUCGUGGACCGGGGCCUCAUCGACGUGCACGAAAAUGUGGCCGCGUACUGGCCCGAGUUCGCGGCCAACGGCAAGGAGCACAUCAAGGUGCGGCACCUGCUCUCGCACACGGCGGGCCUGAGCGGCUGGGAGGCGCCGCUCGCGCGCGAGGACCUAUGCAACCGCGAGAAGGUCACGCGGCUGCUCGCCGAGCAGGCACCGUGGUGGGAAGCCGGCGCCGCCUCGGGCUACCACUCCCUCACCAUGGGCUUUCUCCUCGGCGAGCUGGUGCUGCGCGUGACGGGCCGGACGAUGAAGCAGUUCAUUGCCGACGAGAUUGCCGCGCCGCUCGGCGUCGACUUCCAGCUCGGCGCCGCCGAGGAGGACUGGCCGCGCGUGGCCACGCUCGAUACGGGUGGCCACGGCGACAUGACGCUGCCUCCCGGCGCGCCCGAGAUCACUGUCAAGUCGCUCCUCAACCCGCAGCCCAACGGCAACAACGCCAAUUCGGAAAGCUGGCGGCGGGCCGAGAUUGGCGCGGCCAAUGGCCACGGCAACGCCCGGGCCCUGGCCAAGAUCAUGUCGGCCAUUUCGCUCGGCGGCGCCGUCGACGGCGUGCGGCUGCUGUCGCCCGCCACCAUUGCGCUCAUCUUUGAGGAGCAGGCGCACGGCGUCGACAUGGUGCUGCACAGGAACGUGCAGUUUGGCAUCGGCUUUGGCAUCUGCACCGCCGGCGACUCCGCCGUCAACGAGACCCUACCCAAGGGCCGCAUCUGCUACUGGAGCGGCUGGGGUGGCUCCCUGGUCGCCGCCGACACGGAGAGGCGCCUGACCUUUUCGUACACGAUGAACAAGAUGUGGAUCAACGCGGGCACAAUAGGCAACCCAAACACGCGCGCAUACGGCCGCGCCGUCUACGCGGCGCUGGGCGUCGAGGUGGGCACGCAAGAGCCUUGA